AUGACUUCUCCUCCUCAGAUUGUCCGCAAUGAGUCCCAGACUUCUCGCAGAAGUACCAGUCUGGGCUCCCGUCUGUUUCGAUCCAAGAGUGGGGAAGCCCUGGGUGACAGAAAGUCCUCUGCAGGCCGGUUGAAGAAGAAGCAAGGCGAAAUGGAUGAGUCGACAAGAGUCACCGCGAAGUCUCCUCCUCGCCUUCCUGGCUACACCCCCCAGCCUCUAGGCAUCCAGUCUUUUGGUGGUGAGAAUUACCAGCCUCCGGCACAGUCUGGAGAGUACACCAAUGGAGCAAGGGGAACUCCCCCCGUACCUCCAUUACCCGAUCACCUUGAGAAGGAAGUCAUUGAUCCAUAUGCCCGUACAGAGAGCAUGACGCACCGCGGCCGAUACUCCUACGCUACCUCGACUGUGUCAACAGUCAACUCGCCUCGUAGAGUUCGCCGUCGCAAAGAUCCUACUCCCUACAAUAUCCUCAUCAUCGGUGCUCGAAACUCGGGCAAGACUUCCUUUCUCAAUUUCUUGAAGAGGUCUCUCGCCCUUCCACCAAGAAAACAGGCGGUCCGUGCGCCCGAUGGCGACACGCCUCCUUCCUCGGCCCGACCGAACCCUUAUUUUGUUCAUCACUACCAGGAGAUCGAAAUUGACAGCGAACGGAUAGGAUUGACUUUGUGGGACUCUCAAGGAUUGGACAAAGGCGUCGUUGAUCUCCAAAUGAGAGACAUGGCCAAUUUUGUGGAAAGCAAGUUUGAUGACACCUUCAUCGAGGAAAUGAAAGUCAUUCGUGCACCGGGCGUUCGGGACACUCACAUCCAUUGCGUUUUCUUCAUCCUUGAUCCGGCCAGACUCGAUGCAAACAUCAAUGCUUCCCAGGAAGGGAGCAACGCACACGAGGCGGGUCGACUCGGGAAAGCCCCUCGGAUUGUCGGAGCGCUCGACGAAGAUUUCGACAUUCAAGUCAUGAAGGCGUUGUCGGGGAAGACUACGGUGAUACCUGUGAUAAGCAAGGCCGACACCAUCACCACGGCUCACAUGGCAUUUCUGAAACAGAAAGUCAGCAAAAGUCUCAAGAAGGCCGGGCUCGAUCCACUCGAAGCAUUGAGCUUCGAGGCCGAAGACUCGGAUGAGGACAGGCUAGACGAACGCGACGAAGAUGAAAACAGUAGUGAAGCUGAGAGCAGAGACGGAUCUGCCCGGAGUGACGAUGAUUCUGACACGAACCCUCCUGCGCCCAAUGCAAAGCGCGCAACCCCCCACAAGCGUCAAUCAUCCAAUAUGUCCAUGGGCGAUCCGACUCUCGACAGUGGAUUUGUACCAUGGUCAAUCAUCAGUCCUGACAAGUAUUCCUUGGAGGCAAAGGAUGGUCCUGUCGGUCGUCAGUUCCCAUGGGGAUUCGCUGACCCGUACAACCUGGAGCAUUGUGAUUUUGUCAAAUUGAAAGAUGCCGUGUUUGCAGAAUGGAGGUCUGAGCUUCGUGAAGCCAGUCGUGAAGUGUUUUAUGAGCGAUGGCGCACUAAUCGUCUGAACCGUCGAACAAUACCAGCAUCGAAUGGACUCCCCUCUGGACCCAAACAAAGUAGCGGCAUCCCCAUUGCUCUUCCGUCUCGAACUCGUUAA